AUGGCCUCGUCCGUGCUCCGGUCGCCGGAACUCAAGGAGACCAUCGUGUCGUACCAAGAAGGACUACCGCAAGACUUGGCCAUCGCCCAGCGCCUCGCGGACGCCGUCACGCUCACGCCGUACCGGCUAUUCACGAGCGACGACGAACCAGGAUACCUUGCCAACGUCCCAGUCCGGUUUGGGUCGCUACCGUACCUCCAGCGUUUCCCACACCCAACGACCAAGCUUCCUCAUCACGCGCUCUUUGUCUCGCCGUGCUACUGCGACCGUGCCCUCGCGCUCCACCUCUUGAUUGUCGAAGGCAACGUGGCGCUCGUCCAGCGCUGGCUGCGAUGGGAUGCCUCGCUGUGUACGUCGGCGACGCUCGAGCUUGCUGCGGCUGCGUCCCAAGGUCCGAUUCUGCGUCUUCUCUUCGAGCAGUUUCCAGCGCUGGCCACACCCAAGAUGAUGGACCUCGUCGCCAUGUCGGGCGACCUCCCACUGCUCAAGUGGCUUCACGAGGCGGGUGCUAUAUGCUCCACCGCCGCAAUGGAUGGCGCGGCCAUGAACGGUCAUUCUGACGUUGUCCUCUUCCUGCACUCUGCAAGGACCGAGGGCUGCACGAUCGCGGCGGCAACGGCAGCAGCCGUCAAUGGUCACGCGUCGGUCGUUCGCUUUCUUCUCGAGCAGCGCACCGAAGGCGUCGACCCGCACCUCCGAUUUGCAACUCCGCACGGCGAGCACAAGACGCACAGUGUACGUGGCGAGACGCACAUUGCGGCCGUCGACCUCGUUGCAGCAAAAGUCGAGUUGACAGACUCGGCGCUUCAAACGAUCGUGGAAAGAGCGGGUCUCGCAGUCCUUCAACAUGUCUACGCGCGCGGGUACCUCAAACGAAUGACCAAGCGACUGCUGGAGCUGGCGGUUGCCAAGCAAGACCACGCAAUGCUGCGCUACGUCCUUCACUGUGUCGACCAAGAGAACCCGCGGCCGCCCAGCGACAACGAGUGGCUGCCAACGUAUGCACCGAAGGUACCAAAGGGGGCCCACUCGCUCUCUCGAACGGGUAACGUUGUUUGUCGAUUCGACCGAUGGGAUAGCUGCCAAGUGAUGGAGCUGGCUGCGCUCAACGGCGACCUGACGUCGCUGGAGCUCUUGCACAAGAGCCGCCUGCGAGUCGGAUCGAGAAAUGCCAUCGUCUACGCGGCCUACCGCGGUCACAUGCACGUGCUCGACUGGCUGAACAAGAACCGACGCGACGGCUGUGGCAAAGACGCAAUGGUGCUUGCUAUCGCCCGCGGUCACAAUGACGUUGUGCGCUGGCUCCACGAGGUAUACGGGCUAUGGCGAACCCACGCUGCCUUGGCCACAGCAGCCUACAUUGGCCACAUGACAAUGGUAACAUACCUCUUGGACAUACCGACGGGCGGUGCCGACAAUUGGACCGACAAGACCGGCGAAUGCUCUCGCGCCGUAGCAUCGCUGCCACAACGAGAUGGGUACCUUGGCAACUCGGGUGUCGACUACGUCAGCGGGUCGCCAGCCCACUGGGCAGCAAACCAAGGCCACCUCGAGGUUCUUCAGCUGCUCGUCGCUCGCGGCUACGAACUGCCGCCCCGAGCCAUUGACCAAGCCGUGGAAAACGGUCACGUGGACGUCGUGCGCUACCUUCACGAGUCGUUUGGCCAACGCUGCGGCCGCCUGCCGAUCGUGUUUGCGAUCUUGAAGACGCACCUUGACGUCGUCGCCUACGUCCACUCGCGCCGCUGCUGGCAGCUCAGUUUGGAUGACGACAUCAGAAACAUUACGCUCCCCAUGCUGCUCGUGGCCACUGCACGCAGUGGUAGCCUCGACAUUUUGGCGCUUGUCCACGCUGCUUUUCAAGUACCAACAACGCUACCACCCCGCGUCUCGGAGCGCAUGAUGAUCCGCGCUGCGUCCUACGGCCACCUCGACAUGCUCCGACAUUUGCACGACGUCUAUGGCUUUGGAUGGACGCCAAUGGCCCAAGAAGCAGCGAGACGACGCGGUCGCAAGAACGUACUGCGCUACUUGCAGACGCUUGGACCCGCGGACGCGUCUGUCUACGACAUCGACGACCGAGAUUUGUGGCUCGAGUUCGAUGAUUUUGUCAUCGCCAUGAGAAUGGUCGGCGGACGCCAGCGUAUGAGACCCAUGUAUCAGUGAGCAUGCGACUAUAAGGAAUCGCUAGAUACAUAGCAUGGCCGACUAAGCUCUUAUAUAACAUGUGAACCGCACUGUUAUAUCUAA